AUGGCGCGAGAGAGGAGUGGCGCCGCGCCUAGUCACGUGGCGUCGAGUGGAUGCCGCGGCAGCGGCGGCGGGAAUCGCGCCGGCGGCAGCGGCGCGGGUCGCGGAAUUCCCAAGGAUCGCGCGGACAGGCGGCGGCCGAACAUCGAGCUUCAGGGCGCAACUCUCAGCGCAAGUGGCGGGCGAGUGCGCGCGCCGGGAGCUGAAGCCUCCGCAGGGGGCCACCGCGUCACCAGCGGCAGUCGCAAACAGUGUCAGUGGCGGGGCGGCGGAGGCGCAGUGACAAGCGCGGAGAAUGAUGACGACGAUGCUGAUGUCGCUGAUGGUGGUAACCACACUCGUGGCGGGGUGCUUCUGGAGCAGAUUGCUGCCGCGGCGCGAAUGAAGAGAGCUGCGCAAGAGGCGGCUGCAGCGUGGCGCGUGGCACUGGAGCAGCGCGGGACGGUGGAUGACGAAGGCAAAGGGGCGAGGGGGCGGGCUGCAGGACUGGCAGAGCGGAGGCGGGGCGACGACAAGGCUGGGAAGGCGCACGGAGGUGACGAGGCAGGUCGUGGGGGUAGUGAAGCGCGGAGGGUUGGGGUGAACGGGAACGGGCAGGUGAGGAUUCUUGUAAACGAGCAGCAGGCAGACGGCUAUGAUGAGGGCCAGGUGAUGCAGGAACAGCACACAGCAGCAGCAGUGUUGGAAGGAACAGUAGAGGGAGUGAGAAAGGAUGGAACGGACGAGGAAGCGAGCAGGACGCAGGCAGAGGCAGCAGCAGCAGCAGCAGCAGCGGCCUUCCCCACACUGGCACUGGCGCCGCUGGUGCCUCUGCUGGGCACAGGGGAAGACGUGGCACGAGCCAUGUGCGUGAACAGGGAGUGGCGCCACUCUCUCACACACGCCGUCCGCUCCUUCUCCCUCCGCUUCCACCCAGACUCCCUCUCCUGGCGCCCCUCCUUCCACCACCCCCCCGCCCUCUCCUCGGACCAGUGCAAUCCUGCAGCCAUCCAGCUCCCCCUGCUGGACCCUUCGCCUGCGCCCCUCCCCCCGCCCUCCCUCCGCCUGUGCGCCAACCAGGGGUGUGGCAGCUGCGCCAGUGGCAGCACUGCCUGGUGUGCGGGGGGUGGGGAGCGAGGGGGGUGGGGGGAAGAGGCGGAAGCAGGAGGCAACGCGAGCAGCAGCAGCAACAACAGCAGCAGUGACGGGUAUGGGAGCGGAUGGGGGAAGGUGCUGAGUUCAGUGGUACUGCAGUGCGACAUGCCCUUCCCAUGCACAUCGCUUUUGACACCGGGCAACAGUGUCACAAGCUGGAAGCACGCUCUCUCUCGCUACCCCAACCUCACGUCGCUGCACCUACCCCUCCUCUCCUCCCCCCCUUGGUCCACCUUGACCGUCAGCCUCGACAACAGUGCACGCAGCAGCCGCUACUACCCGCUCCCCUGCGACGUGCUCGUGUCGCCGGCUCAGCUGAGCAGCCUGCUGUGCGGCCUGGGGCAGCUGCAGUGCAGCGCCACGCUGCGCUGUGUGCACGUGGAGGUCACUGUGGACUGGCACUCGCAGCACCUCGUACGCACCAGCAGCAGCGGCGGCGGCGGCGGCACGCACUACCAGCGCCGCGCUCCCAGGCAGCACCACCUGCUGUGCCGCCACGGGGAGCUCGCGUGCCCUCGCCUCUUCCACAGCCGCAUGCAGAAACGCACGCUAGCCAUGGAGCAGAGAGAGGUAGAGAAGGGCGUGCAGGGUCUGCUGCACGGCUGCCCCAACCUGCGAGCGCUGCACCUGCACGGCCCAGAUCUCUCCUGCCUCCUCUCCCUCUCCACAACCACCCUCGCCGCUUUCUCCCACCUCACUCACCUCUCUCUCCCGCUCCCAGGCUCCAUCCCUACGCCCAUUCUCCACCUCUCCCGCCUCGCCUCGCUCUCCCUCUCACUCUGCCUCGAGUGUCCCACUGCUCUCGCCAGCUUCCACCGCCAGAUGCUCUCUCCGGGUCUCUUCCGCCACCUCUCCUGCCUCUCCUCCCUCUCUCUGCUCGCCCUCAGCUCGCCCCGUGGUGCAGCCACCGCCACCACCACCACUAGCAGCAGCGUUGUUAGCGUGUCACCAAGCCUCCUCGAUGGCUUGCACGCCUCUCUCCGCUCGCUCAUGCUGCUGCUGCACGAUGCCGACGUGCACGCCCCAAGUGCCUCACCCCUCACCUCCCUCUGGACCCUCUCCCGCCUCACACACCUCAACACCGAUCUUCACACCAAUUUCAACACUGAUUUUAACACGCUCGUCUACCCCCCUCCCUCGUCUACAGCCCCUCCCACUCCACUCACUCCCACCGCGCAUCUCUUCCCACCACACCUUUCUACCCCCCCACCCUCUCCAACGCCACAUCUCGGCCUUGCGUCCCUAUCACACCUGACCUCCCUCACCCUCACCUCUCUCACCCACGUCCCUGCGUCCCUCUCCCUCCUCUCAUCCCUCUCUCGCCUCGAGCUGCCCCGAGCCACAGAGGACCCUCACGGGGCCAUCCGUGCGUUGCCCCAUCUCUCCCAUCUAGACUGCAGUCUGAAGCAGCUACACCUCCUCCUUGACUUUGGCCCUUCGCCCUCCUGCCGCCCCUGCUUCUGUGGGAUUCGCCACCGCACCCGCGGUCUCACCUCCCUGGUGCUGCGAUCUCACCCACAGCUGCCCACCACCCACAUGCACACUCACUGCUACCCCUCCCUGCGCCACUUAGAGCUACACGGAAUCACCUCCUGCCACUGGCGCUGGGGCAACCGCGCCGUACCACCCGCCUUCUCCCUCUUCCCCAACCUGCAUACCCUCAUCUGCAACCCCCCUCCCGAUGACCCACACACAAACCACUCAGUCAACCUAGACCUUGCCCUGCUCCCCUCUCUCACCCGCAUCUCUGGAGGGUUUGCGCUGUCCCGUGCCGACCAUCUGCUCUAUCCUUCUCUCCACACAGUCGUGUUACACCGUGGCAGGAUGGUUCCUUCUGUUCCCUGGGAGCCGUUGCUGCUGCUUCGGUCUCUGCGCACGCUCAUUCUCUCGCAGUCGUUCCUCCUCUUAGACUCACCCAACCCGUACUACUGGCACAGGGACGUGCCACCGCCCUUGCACCUUCUCACAGCUCUGGACACGCUGCAGAUGCCCCUGCCCUGCCGUAAAUGGCAAAGGAGUCUGCCACUGCUGACAUUAAACUGGCCUCCUCACGUGCGCUGCCUGCGCCUGUGCGACUCCCCUCUCACUCACGUGCCCCCAACUCUGCUCGGGUGCUUGGAAUUGGAGGAGCUGCACCUGAUUGGCUGGCCGCAUCUGAGUGAGCUGCCAGCGGGGCUGGCGGGGUUGGAGAGGCUAAGGGUGGUGAGGGUGAGUGGGUGUGAGGAGGAGCCUGGUGUGCCAGUUGAGCUGCUGCCUCUGCUUCGAGGGAAGCGCUGGCACUUCCCCUUCACCCAAUCCAUGGCUUGUGAGCGAUGA